AUGACAAAUCUACCUCAUUCCCGAGGAACUUAUUCAUUUGAAUCACAAAAAUCCGAGAUAAACAAGAGAAAAAAAAAAUUUGAUGAUGGAAGUAUAUGUUUUGGUCCAUUACAUCGCUACGUUCACUUAAAUGAUGCAACAAAUUCACAAAUAUUUACAUUUCUUUUGCUACCACAUCUUUUAUGUGGUUUAGUUAAUUAUGUCGAGACGCAAGUAUUCCAAUAUGCUGAACACGAAUGGUUUGUAAGAUUCGAAAGAACCGAUACUCAUCUAGGUUUUUACUUGGAGUUGAUUACGCAGAAAUCCGAAAAUUGUGAAACUAUGUUCAUAACAUCAUCACAGAUACCAAUCAAUAAAUCGGACCAUAAUGUCACUAAACGUCCAACACAAUGGAAAACUAUUACGUUAGAUUUUGAAUUCACAAUAAAAAAUCGAAAUGUUUUCAGUCAGAAUGAGUGUUUUUCCAAAUCAAAUUGUACAUUUACACAAGAUAGUUGCAGACAUGGACGUAAAAAUGUCAUAGAUUUAUCUACAUUAUCCUCGAAACGUUUUUUAUUUGAUGACGGUAAGUGUAUUAUAGAAUUAGGGUUACGUAACCCACAUAUAUGCAUAAAACUACAAGCAAACCAAGUUGAAGAUCCCACAAACCAUCUGUUACUUAAAAAAGACAGAAAAAGAACUCAUAAUAAUGGUUCUGUUGUAUUAAGACGAAUGGAUAAUGAAACAAUCACAUUUCCAGAUACCAUUCAUUUCGAAACUGAUCACUUUUCAUAUGCUGGUGAUACAUGGGUUCUUACUAUUGACAUUGAACCAUAUCGUGACUUAUUGAGAAAUUUAACUUUUGACAGUGAUAAUAAUCAUGAUGUAUGUGCAGAUGUGGAAAUAUGCUUGACAAAAAAGUCAGAGCAUAAGACAGAUAAUUACACGUAUUAUAAUGCUGAGAAACCACUUGGAACACAGUGGACACGACUACUGUGUAAUGCCUAUUUACCAGGUGAAUGUCAUACCGGGUUGAUGCAGUUUUUAAUAGGAUCACAAGGAUGGCCAUUGAAAGCACAUUGUUGCAAGUUUGAUGAACGAACAAAUGUCGUAAAACAACAACAGCUAAAACAAGGAGAAAAAAGCCAAAAUAAUAUUUUGAAAUUUAAUUCGUGUGAAUACUUGGAAAAAGGUAAAACACGUACUCAUCAAUCAGCAGUCGCUUUUCUUUUAAGCACAGUUUCAUCAAAAUUCUGUAUCACAUUAGAAAUGAUAUUUUAUGAACGAUUAACGGUGGUUAAUUUUCCUAUCAAUAAUCUUGACAAUUUUAAUCAUGUUGACAGUUGUCUAAUUAUGGAUCCAUUUUCGCUUCCAUGGAGGCUGUUUCUGAAUAGAUCAUCACGUUUAGUGAGAGUAGGGCUGGUUCCGGAGCAGAAACCAGAUUUGGAACAUGAACCAGAAUAUCUGAAAAGCAGUGAAAAAUCGUCAAAAAUACAAAGCAAACAAUCUCACUCAGAAAGGAGCACUAUACCAAGCGGUUAUCUAUAUCUCUUCGGUUGUAAGCUUCGUAUUCAAGGUUAUCAAUCAGACGGAACCAAUACUCGUGUUAUUGAACCAGUUGGAAAAGAAAUUUUACAAAUCACGUGCAAAAAAUCGGAUUUCUAUAACGAAUUGCUGCUAUCUAACCGACUUCGACAUUCUGGAAUAAACGUUCCGCAAAAUAAUUUGAAUAUUCUUUUAAUUAAAAAUUUACCGAAAUAUUUACUCAAAAAUAAUGGUGCUGAACUAUUGCAAAGUUUGUGUAAUACUAGUGUUAUGGACAUAGAUAAUAAAAUAUCUAAACGUUUGUUGAGGAAAGCUAGUCAAAUUAGUAGCGUGCAGGUGGCCAUGGAAAUAACAUGUCAAGAAUUAACUGGGUCAAAUAUGGGAAUAUUAAAUCCUAAAACAGGUACUAUUACGAUUGAAAUUCAGUGGUUGUAUAGACAUCAAAUAUACAUCGAUACACUUUAUCAAACAGAUGAAAUUGGUGCCCGCCAAUACCAUCAAAUGAGAAAUGAACUAAUAAGAAUCACUAAAGAAAAGGAUGAGUUAGAAAGACAGCUUAUGGGGUACCGAAUGGGUCUAGUUCAAAUUGAUUCGCGUUCUCAUGGUCCAAAAAGCAUGCUUCCUUUGGAGUUCAUUCCUGGUCUGGCUGGUCAUUCCACAACAACUACUGUACCAUCAGGUGAAGACUGGCAUAACUCCAGUUGUUAUAGUGAAAAAGCUGUGUUACAGCAACCAUGUUACAGAAUGAACAAUACUGUGUCUAGCUUGAAAUAUGAAUGUAAUAAUCAACAUACAAAAUCACAUGCAACAUCUUCGCCAUCAAACUAUUCUUCAGAUAAAUUGAAAGCAUGUAAACCGUAUGGUUUAUUAUCAACAUGCCAUAUAGAGAACAAUAUAAGCCAUAGUUUGUUAGACUAUGAGUCUUCAGAUGAAUCAGCUCCAAGGUCAUCAUAUCCUAUUUAUCGACCAACCUCAAAGCAACCUAUGAGUUCCAAGUGUGGACUAUCAGAGAAAAGAAAACAGUUCAUAUAUUCAAAAGGUAGCUGGAAAACAUGUGAAACAGUUAAGUAUUGCCCUGAUUAUGACAUUAAUUCAGUACACUCACGCAGAUUUAACGCAAGAAAACCAAGCCUAAAUAAAUAUUGUAGUCAAGGUUUUGUAGAGGCAAAUUUUAGCCCUCUUUAUACAUCAGAAUCAUCGACAUCAAAUGUAUUUAACUCACGCAGUGAAGAUGAAUUUUCUUUUAUAUUUUGA